CACUUGUUCACCCUCUUCUCUUCUAUUCUCUUCUCAGUUCCAUAGAAUCGCUCUUGCUGUUUCUGAUACCCUGUUUCCUCUGUAAUUUCAAUGGCUUCCGCUGCCUCUGCUACAUCAAGUGCAACAAAAGAGAUAGAAAUAGAGUUUCCUAAUCUUAUCCGACUCUACAAGGAUGGCACCGUCGAACGCCUCUUUGGGUCCCCCAUUGUCCCACCAUCUCUCCAUGACAACGACACCGGAGUUUCAUCCAAAGACGUCGUCAUCUCCGACGACCCUUCCAUCUCCGCUCGCCUUUAUCUCCCCAGGUCCGUCCAAUCUAAAGUCCAGAAGCUUCCCAUCUUGGUCUACUUUCACGGCGGUGGAUUCUGCCUCGAAUCCGCCUUCUCCUUCCUCGACCAACGCUACCUCAACCUCAUAGCCGCCGAGGCUAAUGUCAUCGCCGUCUCCGUUGAGUACAGGCUUGCCCCAGAGCACCGUCUUCCGGCAGCCUUCGAAGAUUGCUGGGACUCUCUCAAAUGGGUUUCUUCCCAUUCAACGCCCACCAACGCCGGCGAACCAUGGCUCCUCAAUCACGGCGAUUUCAACAGAGUUUACCUCGGCGGUGACAGCGCCGGUGGAAAUAUCGUGCACAACAUAGCCAUGCGAUGUGGGGCGGAAGAUUUACCUGGUGGUGUGAAAUUAGCGGGCGGCUUCCUUUCGUGCCCGUUCUUCUGGGGAUCGAAGCCCAUCGGAUCUGAACCAAAGGAGGGGCACGAACAGAGCCUGCCGCUUUUACUGUGGAACUUCUUGUACCCAUCAGCACCGGGAGGGAUCGAUAAUCCGGCGAUCAACCCGACGGUGGAUGGCGCUCCUAGCUUGGCCAGCAUGGGGUGCUCUAAGCUACUUGUUUAUGUUUGUGGCAAAGAUCAGCUUAGAGACAGAGUGGUUCUGUACUACGAGGCAGUGAAGGAGAGUGGGUGGAAAGGUGAAGUUGAAUUGUAUGAAGUUGAAGGUGAGGAUCAUUGCUUCCACAUCUUCAAUCCCGAAACCGAUAAUGCCAAGAAAGUUUUCAACCGUUUGGCUUCUUUUCUCAUCUGACUCCGUCCAAGCAUCUGCAUUAUUGUUGCUAUUUGGCCGUCUAUUCUAAAAAAAGAGAGCAGAUCCAUGAGUCAAAAUAGAGACUGAGUUGAGCACCCCUUCCCCAAAUAAAAAAAGAA